AUGGUCCUGGAAGGCUUCAUGAAGGAGGAGAGCUGUCGCAUCGCCUUGAAGAUGGCCCAGAACUUGGAGCUUCGUCCUGUGGCCAGGAGGAGGAUGGCCACGUUUGCAGUAUUGGAUUCAGAGGUGGUGCCACUAAUGAGGCCCGCCCCAGAGACCGUGCAGGAGCUGGCUGACGGGUUCACUUACGCCUUCAACCGGUACCAGACAGGAGGGCACCAGGCCAGGAAGCCCGUCCAGAGCCGGUCUGAGAGCUCCAGCGAGGACAUCCUUGAGGUGCUGGCCCGCGGGCCCGACUACACCACCUACCGGGUCAGGGUGCAGGUGCACCGGGCCAACGACGCCGGCCAGUGCCAGUCUGAGUGUGCUGCCCAGGUAACUCUUAACCUCCGUGAGGCCUGCAGGAUGUGUGCCCUCCAGGAAGGCACACUGGAGAAGAUGGUGGUGUCCAUGGUACCAGCUUUCCCACGUGGAAAAAUUCCCCACAUCCCCACCUUCAUGUCCAUCCACCCGGCCUUCUGCAGAGCCCAGCUGUUCCUGGACCAGCUGUUAACUAGGUGCUGCCCACCUUCCAUCAGAUCUGAUGCCAUCCAGGUGUUCUCUACAUCUGGAAAUAUGCAGCCAUAUAACGACCAGGGUGACACACCCCAGGACCAAUUGAAAAAGGCCGUAGCUUCUGUGAUGGGAGCCUGGCCGGACCAGAUACAAUAUGUCGGCCAGCCCCUGCUUCUCCCCUGGUUCACCCUGAAGCAGGCCCUCGUGCAGGGCCACCUCCCUGCCUCACACCCGCUGGGCCACGUGCUCAGCCUCUGGGUGGAGCUGGAGCAUCUGGAGCCCACGGAGGCAGAGCUGGAAGCUGCUCCAGAGGCUCCCCCAGAGCCCCAGCGCGCUCCAGAGCCCGAGGAGGGGCCUGCCCAGGGGCCCGUGCCCGGUCCCGCUGUGCCAGUGAUGGAGCCAGUGUCACCUCCCUCAGCCCCUGGGGACCUGGGGCCAGCACCCGCCUCAACCUCCACCCCAGGGCCGGCUCUCCAGCAGGAGCCUCCUGCACCACCAGCUCUGAUCCGAAUGCCAACAACAGAGCCAGCUCCAUGCCCAGCACUGGACCACCCCCCGGCUGGGACCACUAAGCACCUGAUAAAGGAGGAGAAGCGUAACAUCCUGAGCUUCCCUCCAAGACUGGUGGCCGAGCAGCUGACAGUGAUGGACGCGGUGAGCAGUGGGGCUCUCGGGGAGAGUGGGGGGCAGGCCUUCCCUCUGCCCUCAGCUGCCCCGACCUGCCUUUUCUGA